GAAGCCUUCCUGCGAGAUGGAGGUGGAUGCCGAGGAGAAGCGUCACCGCACUCGCUCCAAAGGGGUCCGAGUGCCCGUGGAGCCGGCCGCGCAGGAGCUGUUCAGCUGCCCCACGCCCGGCUGCGAUGGCAGCGGCCACGUCAGCGGCAAAUACGCGAGGCACAGAAGUGUCUACGGCUGCCCCCUGGCGAAGAAGAGGAAGAGCCAGGACAAGCAGCCCCAGGGGCCCGCGCCCAAGCGCAGGGCGUUCGCAGCCAAGGCGGACAGCUCCUCGGUGGACGAGUGCUGCGAGAGCGAGGGCUCCGCGGACGCGGGCGAGCGGAGACGAGGAGGCGAGUUCUCCGAGGACGAGGACGAGCCCCGGGACGAGGAGGACGAGGAGGCAGAGCGGGAGGACGAGGAGGAGGAGGAGGAGGAGGAGGAGGAGGAGGAGGAGGACGUGGACGACGGGGAGGAGGAGGACGAGGAGGACGACGAGGAGGACGAGGAGGACGAGGAGGACGAGGACGAAGACAACGAAGACCCCCACGUGAACGGCCACAGCGCCCGGCUGGCGCAGGCGGUGGAGAAGGACCGCCACGAGGAGGAGGAGUACGACAACUACGAUGAGCUGGUGGCCAAGUCGCUGCUGAACCUCGGCAAGAUCGCGGAGGACGCGGCCUUCCGGGCCAGGACCGAGUCGGAGAUGAACAGCAGCACCUCCCACAGCCUGGAGGAUGACAGCGACAAGAAUGAGCCGCUGGGCCGCAAGGCCGAGCUGAGCCUGGACCUGGACAGCGACGUGGUGCGGGAGACCGUGGACUCGCUGAAGCUGCUGGCGCAGGGCCACGGCGUGGUGCUGUCGGAGGGCGUGGGCGAGCGGGGCUACGCCGAGUCCCUGGCCCCGCAGGACGGCCGGGGCCUGGGCUACGUGGUGCUGGGUAGGCCCGGGAGCAACGGGCUGGCGGAGGCGGCGGUGGAGGAGAGCGACGAGGAGGUGUGCCUCAGCAGCCUGGAGUGUCUGCGCAACCAGUGCUUCGACCUGGCCCGCAAGCUGAGCGAGGGCAGCCCGCAGGAGCGCGGGCAGCCGCAGGGGCCGGGCCUGCGCCCGCACGGCCGACCGGAGGACGAGUGCCCGGGCCGCACGCCCGACCGGAGCUACUCCGACAUGGCAAACCUCAUGCGGCUGGAGGAGCAGCUGAGCCCCAGGGCCCGGACGUUCUCCGGCUGCGCCAAGGACGACGGCUUCCCGGACCGGGACGACGACACCACCUCCGUGACCUCGGACCGGUCCGAGGAGGUGUUUGACAUGACCAAGGGGAACCUGACCCUCCUGGAGAAAGCCAUCGCCUUGGAGACGGAGCGCGCCAAGGCCAUGAGGGAGAAGAUGGCGCUGGAGGCGGGCCGGCGGGACCCGGCGCGGCCCUACGAGGAGCAGUCCCCGCGCGCGCUGCCCGGGGAGGACAGGAAGCCCAAGCCCGGCGACAGCCACGCCCGAAAGCCAUACUAUGGUAAAGAUCCCUCGAGAACAGAAAAGAAAGAGAGCAAGUGCCCAACCCCGGGGUGCGAUGGAACCGGGCACGUGACUGGCCUGUACCCGCAUCACCGCAGCCUGUCCGGAUGCCCGCACAAAGAUAGGGUCCCUCCAGAAAUCCUCGCCAUGCAUGAAAACGUCCUCAAGUGUCCCACCCCCGGCUGCACAGGGCGAGGGCACGUGAACAGCAACAGGAACUCGCACCGCAGCCUGUCUGGGUGUCCUAUCGCUGCAGCUGAGAAACUGGCGAAGGCCCAGGAGAAGCACCAGAGCUGCGACGUGCCCAAGUCCCAGCAGGCCUCGGACCGCGUGCUCAGGCCCAUGUGCUUUGUAAAGCAGCUGGAGAUCCCGCACUACGGCUACAGAAACAGCGUGCCCACCGCCACACCCCGCUCCAACCUGGCCAAGGAGCUCGAGAAAUACUCCAAGACCUCGUUUGAAUACAACAGUUUCGAGAGCCACACGUACGGCAAGCGGGCCAUAGCCCCCAAGGUGCAGAGCAGGGACAUAGCCCCCAAAGGAUACGAUGCGAAGCGGUACUGCAAGAACGCCAGCCCCAGCAGCAGCAGCGCCAGCAGCUACGCGCCCAGCAGCAGCAGCACCCUGGGCGGCGGCGGCGGCAGCAGCGCCAGCAGCACCUGCAGCAAGAGCAGCUUCGACUACACACAUGACGUGGAGGCUGCCCACAUGGCGGCCACGGCCAUCCUCAACCUGUCCACACGCUGCCGUGAGAUGCCGCAGAACCUGUCCACCAAGCCGCAGGACCUGUGUGCUGCCCGGAACCCAGACAUGGAAGUGGACGAGAACGGGACCCUGGACCUCAGCAUGAACAAACAGCGGCCGCGUGAGGGCUGCUGCCCCGUGCUGACCCCUCUGGAGCCCAUGUCACCCCAGCAGCAGGCAGCCAUGAACAGUCGCUGCUUCCAGCUGAGCGAGGGGGACUGCUGGGACCUGCCCGUGGACUACACCAAGAUGAAGCCACGGCGCGUGGACGAGGACGACGCCAAAGAGAUGGCCCCAGAAGACCUGGACCCUUUCCAGGAAGCUCUGGAAGAAAGACGGUAUCCCGGGGAGGUGACCAUCCCGAGCCCCAAGCCCAAGUACCCGCAGUGCAAGGAGGGCAAGAAGGACCUGAUAACUCUGUCUGGCUGCCCUCUGGCUGACAAAAGCAUCCGGAGUAUGCUGGCCACGAGCUCCCAAGAACUCAAGUGCCCCACCCCCGGCUGUGACGGCUCUGGACACAUCACUGGCAACUAUGCUUCUCACCGCAGCCUUUCAGGCUGCCCGAGGGCGAAGAAAAGCGGUAUCCGGGUUGCCCAGAGCAAGGAGGACAAAGAAGACCAAGAGCCCAUCAGGUGCCCGGUCCCCGGCUGCGACGGCCAGGGCCACAUCACGGGCAAGUACGCGUCGCACCGCAGCGCGUCAGGGUGCCCACUGGCCGCCAAGAGGCAAAAGGACGGCUACCUCAACGGAUCGCAGUUCUCCUGGAAGUCGGUCAAGACGGAGGGCAUGUCCUGCCCCACGCCGGGCUGCGACGGCUCGGGCCACGUCAGCGGCAGCUUCCUCACACACCGCAGCUUGUCAGGAUGCCCGCGAGCCACGUCCGCCAUGAAGAAGGCGAAGCUGUCAGGAGAGCAGAUGCUGACCAUCAGGCAGCGGGCCAGCGAUGGCAUCGAGAAUGACGAGGAGAUCAAGCAGCUGGACGAGGAGAUCAAGGAGCUGAACGAGUCCAACUCGCAGAUGGAGGCCGACAUGAUCAAGCUGCGCACCCAGAUCACCACGAUGGAGAGCAACCUGAAGACGAUAGAAGAGGAGAACAAGGUCAUCGAGCAGCAGAAUGAGUCUCUCCUGCACGAGCUGGCCAGCCUGAGCCAGUCCCUCAUCCACAGCCUCGCCAACAUCCAGCUCCCGCACAUGAAAUCACUGUUGGCAUAGUCGUUGUUGUCACGAUUUUA